ACCUGGCAGUAGGGGAGAGGUUUCUUGCUGGACAGUGCAUCUGACCACGCAGCAGCCAGCUCCUCCCCUGGUGUGACGCCUGAGCCUUGGUGCUCUGCCCAGAGCGGCUUCGCACGCGACAGGCCCCCGGCAGGGGCGAGCAGGGCGGAAAGGGCCAGGCCCCCAUGCCGGAGCGUGCCGUGCUGCACUUCAAAUGGGAGAGGGAAGCUCACAGAGGAAACAGCCUUCAUUUGCAUUGGCCUGAAGGCAAGAAGUAUCCAUGCAACCCGCUUCCUCUUGCUUCAGGAAGUGGCCGCAAAUAGCCUUGUGCUCCUCGGCAGCCCUGCGUAGCCCGGGGCCCGGUGGCAGCACAGCGGGGUCCCCUCCCAGACCACGGCCAUGGGCACGUCGGCUCCCGCACCCGGCUGGUGUGUGCUGGUGCUGGUGCUUCUCCUGGACACCUGCGGUGUCGGGGGCCAGGACUUCCAGGUGCUGCAACCCAAAGACCCCGUGUCGGUGUCGGCGGGGGACAUGCUCGCGUUGAACUGCACCGUACCUCAGCGCGGACCAGCAGGGCCAGUGAAGUGGUUCAAGGGCUCGGGCAGCGACCGCCAGCUUCUCUAUGCAGAGACAGGGUCACUCCCCCGGGUCACAAGGGCUGCGCCCGCCUCUCCCACAGACUUCUCCAUCAACAUCAGUGACGUCCGCCCCGAGGACGCCGGCACCUAUUACUGCGUGAAGUUCACGAAAGGAUCGCCUGAUGAGGAGUACCGAUCCGGAGCAGGCACGGUGGUGUCCGUGAGCGGUGUCGGGGGCCAGGACUUCCAGGUGCUGCAGCCCAAGGACCCCGUGUCGGUGUCGGCGGGGGACACACUCACGUUGAACUGCACCAUACCUCAGCGCGGACCAGCAGGGCCAAUGAAGUGGUUCAAGGGCUCGGGCAGCGACCGCCAGCUUGUCUAUGCAGAGACAGGGUCACUCCCCCGGGUCACAAGGGCUGCGCCCGGCUCUGUCUCAGACUUCUCCAUCAACAUCAGUGACACCCGCCCCGAGGACGCCGGCACCUAUUACUGCGUGAAGUUCAGGAAAGGAUCGCCUGAUGAGGAGUACCGAUCCGGAGCAGGCACGGUGGUGUCCGUGAGCGCCAGCCCAUCUGCCCCAUCCGUGUCCGGCCCCGCCAGCAGGGUUGAGCCGGGCAGGCCUGUGAACUUCACUUGCACAUCCAAAGGGCUGUCCCCCGGAGACAUCGCCGUGACCUGGCUCAAGGACGGGGUCAAGCUCCCAGUCCAACCGCUCCAGAUCCUCCCCGAGAAUGAGAGAGACUCCUACCGCGUGUCCAGCACCCUGGCGAGGACGCUGACGGUCAGGGACAUCCGCUCCCAGCUCACCUGCCAGAUCGAGCACAGCACCAUGUCGGCUCCGCUGCGUGGGACGUACAAGCUCAGCCAGGCCCUGCGAGUCUCCCCCAGGCCCAGGCUGGCCGCCAACUACUCUGGUGCCGUCCCCGUGAACGAGAUGGUGGCGCUCACCUGCAGCCUGGCGGGGUUUUACCCCAAUGCGGCGAGGCUCACCUGGAUGGAGAAUGGGAAAGAGACCCAGCCAGAGAAGUCCCCAUCCCCGACGGAGAACCGGGACGGGACCUUCUCGCUGACAGGGACCCUGGAGGUGAGGGCGACCGAGCAGAAGAACCAGUCCGCGUUCACCUGCCGGGCCGUGCACGACUCCCAGGCCCCCACCAGCGUCACCCGCGUCCUGGCAGUCACCGCGACGAGCGCCCAGAUGGAGGAGGGGCCGCAGGCAGGCCAGUGUGUGCUGUCCAGCCCUGGGCUCUGGGUCGGGUACGUCCUGGAGAAGGGCCUCAUCGGAGCUUUCCUCUUCUUCCUCUUCGUGCGCAGGAAGGAGCCGUGAGCUCCCGGCUGCUUUGCCGCCUUGGCCGCUUGCAAGCUUGGAGGCAGCCUCUGCCCCAGAGGCAGGAUGGAGCACGACGGGGGAGCGGUGGUGGGCUCACCAGCUGCUCCAAGCACCCCGGGCGUCUGACGGGAUCGGGCAGGGGCUCCGGACCUGGCUGCACCCCCCAGCCCGCUCCCCCCCAGCUUUGCCCUGACCCAGUUCAGGGAGCCGGGUCCCUGCAAGUGCAACGCAGCCGCGUGUCAGUCCCCGACCACGCCGUGAAGUGCCGCGGGCCGUGCGCAGUGUCCCCAAGCGUCCUGCAGCCCCCGAGCUGUCCUGGGAGGACUGGGCGCUCUGCAGAGGGAUGCCGUGUCGCGGUCUCUGUCGGCUCCUGGCACUUCUGUUUGGAAAUAAACCCUGCUAGACAUGCUCGCA